UUUUAAUUUUUUAUUUUGAUCGUGUCAUCUAGUUCUUAAUACCUUUUUUCUUUCGAACAGCGGAACGUAAUCGUACGUAAAAUGUUAAAAAUUAACAUUCGAACCGUCGAACGAUCUGGUAAAAAAUUAUUUAAGCAUUAAUCUCAUUGAUUAGAUAUUGCCAUACAGCGUGUAACGUGAAUAUUUAAAGCCUUAAACGAUUAUUAAUAUAAAAGGAACUUAUUGCUCAUGAUGAUUCUAUUCAAAGUGGAACAUUCAGUUGGCUUCUCCUGACGAAAGACACAACCCUAGCACGUUUGUUUAAAGGAGCUAGACAUGGAUUAUUUUGUUGGCGUGGAUGUAGGAACAGGGAGUGCUCGCGCUGCUUUGGUAUCCUCUAAAGGAAAAAUAGUAAAAGUGGCAACUUGUCCAUUGGAAAUCUUUCAUCCUGCACACAAUUUCUACGAACAAUCGUCUGAUAAUAUUUGGAGUGCAGUUUGUCAUGUAGUGAAGUCGGUUGUAGCUGAUAUCUCUGCAGAGAAUGUGAAAGGUAUUGGUUUUGAUGCUACUUGUUCAUUGGUAGCAGUGGAUAAAACAGGAUCACCGGUCACAGUGAGUCCCACAGGAGAAGACAAGCAAAAUGUUAUAUUAUGGAUGGAUCAUAGGGCACAGGAAGAAGCUGAUUUCAUAAAUGCACAAGGUCACGAAAUGCUCCAUUAUGUCGGUGGAAAGAUAUCAUUGGAAAUGGAGACCCCAAAAAUGCUAUGGCUUAAAAAAAAUCUACCUUCGUCUUGGAAUCGCGCGGCGUUACUUUUUGAUCUGCCCGAUUUCCUAACGUGGAAAGCAACAGGUUCCGAAUCGAGAUCUCUGUGCUCUUUAGUAUGUAAAUGGAACUACAGCGCUAGUCCAGACGGUAACAAUAAAUGGAACGAGGAAUUUUUUGAUCAGAUUCAUUUGAACGAUCUUAAGAAGGAUAAAUGGCGAAAAAUAGGUAAUGACGUGAAGACCCCCGGCGAUCCAAUUGAUCAAGGAUUGUCAGUGAAAGGUGCGUCUGAUUUGGGACUUUUGAAAGGAACAGCCGUGGGUACUUCCCUUAUCGAUGCACAUGCCGGUGGACUUGGUAUGAUAGGCUGUUCCGUACCUGGCACAUCUUGGAAUUUACAAAACAGAUUAGCAUUGAUUUGUGGUACCUCAACCUGCCACAUGAUAGUCAAUGAAAAGAAGCUAUUUGUUAAUGGUAUUUGGGGGCCGUACUUCAGUGCCAUGAUUCCAGGCUUGUGGUUAAACGAAGGCGGACAAAGCGCGACCGGAAAGCUACUCGAUCACAUAAUUGACACUCAUCCAGCAACGCCAGGAAUAUUAAAAACUUUAAGCGGCAACAAGCACAUACAACAAUACUUGUCCGAACUGUUGCAAAAAAUGGCAGAACAAAAAGGUUUGAAAAAUGUCUCCUACUUGACGAAAGAUAUCCACGUUUGGCCCGACUUUCAUGGGAACCGUUCCCCUCUGGCCGAUCCAAGCCUUAAAGGAAUGAUAUCGGGACUGUCUUUGUCGGUAGAUCAGGACAAUCUCGCGUUACUCUAUUUGGCAACAGUCCAAGCACUGACGUAUGGUACGAAGCAUAUUUUGGAAACAUUAGAAGCUGCUGGUCAUAAACUGGAGGAAUUAUUAGUUUGCGGUGGUCUGAGCCUGAACCCUUUAUUUAUUCAAAUACAAGCAGACGUGUUAGGUUUGCCUGUACUUUGCCCUAUUGAAAGGGAAUCGGUAUUGAUAGGAGCUGCAAUUCUUGGAUCGUACGCGGCUAAAAAAUUCAAUACUAUAUACGACGCUAUGAGAGCAAUAGGAGGAUCUGCAAAUAUCGUUAAACCUAAAACCGAGUGCUACAAGUAUCAUCUCCAGAAAUAUCGAGUUUUCCGAAGUAUGGUACAACACCAGAAAGAUUACAGAAAAAUUAUGAACGAAGACAUUUCCUAACCGUCGACACAGCUGUUCCGUGUUUUACGAAGAAUCUCAUGAUAAGAGACUAGUAUAGAAAGAAACGCUACUUACAUAAUUCUUUUUAUCAAUUAAAAAUCUAUUUUAUAUAUACGAAAUCGAUUGUAAAGAGAUAUUUUUGUUAUGUAUUUUAUCUUUUUAUCCUUGUUUGUUACAAAUAAAGAUAUACGCGAAACUGAUCCAGUGGAGUUUC